UUGGCGAACCACAUGGCUGAAUAGCGGUAACCCCAUGAACCCUGGUGUAACCCCAUGGGUCAGGGGGUAUGUCUGGGAACAACCAAGGGAUGAACUCCCCCAGUACCCAGGACAGCAGAACCAGGCUUACAUGGCAGCAGGCCUGUACGGACGCCAAGGCUACCCCGGGGGAGAGGAGGCUUCGGGGGAAUUACCCUGGAGGUCCUGACUCUAGUCCUGGUGGCAUGGGCAUGCCCCCCCACUCUCGUCCCCCUGGUGACUUCACCCAGCCUGCUGCCGCCGCUGCCGCCGCCGCGGUCGCCGCGGCCGCCGCCACGGCUACCGCCACUGCCACGGCAACCGUUGCCGCCAUGCAGCAGGACACUCAAAACAAGGACAUGAACCAAUAUGGACCGAUGACUUCGUCGUUCCAGAUGGGUCCCAGCCAGGCUUACCAGAACCAGUUCAUGAACCAUGGACCCGGGGGGCCCAGGGGCCCUCCAUCCCUCCCAGGGAACAUGGGCCCCGGUCCGGGCAUGAACCCCUCCCACAUGGGAAUGAACCAGCCCCGGCCCCAGGGGAUGGUGCCCUUCGGAGGCCACGGGGGCCAGAGAAUUCCCCAGCAGGGAUACCCAGGACCCAGGCCUCAGGGUAUGGGCAUGCAGGGUGUGAAGAGACCCUACCCUGGAGAGCAUAACUACGGAGGCCAGCAGUAUGGUCCAGGACCGAACAGUCAAGGGUUCCCCCAGCAGCAGAGCCAGUACCCCACCCACACCCCCAAUCCCCCCAGGCCACUCCCGUCCCCCAACUACCCAGGCCAGAGAAUGCCUGGUGGGCAGCAGAUCCAGGGCCAGUACCCCCCUCCUGGAGGGGCCAUGGGACAGUACUACAAGCAAGAGCCUUUCAACGGUCAAACUAACAACUUUCCUGGGAGUGGAUAUCAGUACAGCCAAGGCAAUAUGAAUGGGCCUCCUAGACCGGUGGGUAACUACCCCCACUCCCCGGUGCCUGGCAACCCGACCCCGCCCAUGACCCCAGGAAGUAGUAUCCCUCCCUACAUGUCUCCCAAUCACGACGUCAAGCCUCCCUUCCCUCCAGAUAUCAAACAAAAUAUCACUGCUCUUCCUCCUCCUCCAGCCAACCCCAACGAGGAGCUGCGUCUGACCUUCCCGGUGAGGGACGGGGUGGUCCUAGAGCCCUUCCGACUGGAGCACAACCUGGCCGUCAGUAACCAUGUCUUCCACCUCCGCCCCUCCGUACACCAGACCCUCGUGUGGAGACCUGAGAUUCUGGACCUCGAGUCAUCUCCAUUGUGGUCCUCCUCCCAUCUCCCUUAUUCCCAUUGUGGUCUUCCUCCCAUCUCCCCAGUUAAGAGAAACUUCAGCAGCGUAGCGGUGUCCUCUGGGAACACCACUCUGAACGGCGAGGACGGCGUUGAACAGACGGCCAUCAAGGUCUCCCUCAAAUGUCCAAUCACCUUCCGGCGGAUCCAACUUCCCGCCAGAGGUCACGACUGUAAACACGUCCAGUGCUUUGAUUUGGAAUCCUACUUACAGUUGAACUGUGAGCGAGGAACGUGGCGAUGUCCAGUAUGCAAUAAAACAGCAUUAUUAGAGGGGCUAGAAGUUGACCAGUACAUGUGGGGGAUCCUAAAUGCCAUCCAAAACUCGGAGUUUGAGGAGGUGACCAUAGACCCUUCGUGUAGUUGGAGACCUGUGGCCAUCAAGUCUGAUAUCCACAUCAAGGAGGAUCCAGAUGGACCCAUGGCCAAGAGGUUCAAGACCAUGAGCCCCACCCAGAUGACCCUGCCCAACGUGAUGGAGAUGAUCGCCCUGCUCGGCCCAGGGCCCUCGCCCUACCCGCCCCAACAGGGGGGCAACAACAGCGAAUACGGAAGCCAAGGUAACAGUUACCAGGGCCACAGCGGGGGCUUUGACUUCCCCCAUGGGAACCCCGGUGGUACGACCAUGAACGACUUCAUGCACGGUCCCGCUCUGUCCCACCCGCCAGACAUGGCACAGGACAAACCCCUCUCACACAGCAUGCCUGACUCUGUAAGUUAA